AUGCCGUCCUCGGCCUCUAGAUCUACAGACUCCAGUCCGCCUCGAGGGGUAACCGUCCCAAAGCCACAGGUGUCACCUCCUCGGCCACAAGCUCGCUCAGCGGGCAUGGCAGAGAGGGCCUCUCGAAAUGAGAAUUUAUCAGACCUGGUUCGCUUCUUUCAGACGGCCCAGAAUGCGCCUAUGCCGACUCCUGCACCUGCGCAAACACCAACAUCCCCGGAUAGCACUACAGCGCUACCUAUCGUCACCGAAUCCAAGGAGCCUAAGCCGCUGGCCAAAGAGACAAAGUCAUUGCACCGGCGCCUGCUGCAAUUUACUCAACGUCCGAAGAAAGAUUCGUCACCUAAAUUCAAGGUAGAUGAGAAUCAGCGCCAAAUCGAAGCACUCCAACGAGAAGGAUACCUCCUCCACACUCCGAAGCCUAAAAGCACACACUCAUCCAAGGGUAGCAUUGAUUCGAAGAAUAGCCUGGAGCGAACAUUCUCCAAGUCGAAGAGGCAGGAUGUCGAAACCAUCGGACAACCGUGGCUGGAAAAUGACAACAAGAAACAAACGGUCGAUGCCAAACGCCGCCUAGCGUCGCUGGAUCUCAGCGACUUCGGCUCGAUGGUCGACGUGGCUGUUUCGUUGUCAUCGCAGUUCGACGACACGUCGCCCCCCCUUACCAACCGCCAUCUUCAAGUGGUGUCGCACCUCGAAGGGAGCAGAUCGUUGCCUCUCGUUCUUCGCCUACGCUGCCACUUCCGGGUUCUUCUAUAG